CAUUUGAAAACCCUUGGUCGUUGCGCCUCACAGAAUGUUUCACAUGUGUAUACUAACUAAAUCGUGAUAACCAAAAGCCUUCUCCCCGGCGUAUGUCCACGCAUACACGUGUAGAUUUAUAAAAGAGUGACUGCAGAACCGUUAUUCUCUUAUCUAGCGAGACAGGUGAACGGUGCUCUGUCACGCCUAUCUACCCAUUCUAUCCAUUCGUGUGAGUAGUAGCGAUCACAGAAGCGGGAACGAAGCAUAAUGCCUACCGUAGCAGCAAUCACUUUGAAAAGUGAAAGCAAUGUCCUCGGCUGCAGAAGGGAAGAAUGGAUGAAGCCGCGAGCUCGACUUGUCAAGCGGCAACUUGAGCGCUAUUUCAUGGUUCGAUUUAUUCGCCCAGUCAUUUUCUCAUUUAUUUAUUCUUUAUUACACACCUGUAUCACCUGUAUUUGUAUAGAAGGGAACAGACACUCAGUUAAUUUGACCCUCGCGGAUAAAACGGACCGUGGACAUACGACCUCCCCUAAGGAACACAGGGAAGUUUACACAAUGUAACGGCGUAGUUCACCGAUAGGUGCCUGCGCAUUUGUGCUCGCUCGACCCACAUCAGUAUUUCAUCGGGAAUGCGGAGAACGUGCAACACACGACCUGCAGACGGAACUGAUAUCUGGAGUAACCCAGACACAAGGACCAUGAGCGUUUGUGGUCGGUCCAACCACGGUCUAGCCACAGUACUGCUGCUGGUUUUUCUCGGCGCGCAAAACACCGCAGCUAUCGAUAAUCUGCGCGUUGCUCACCAAUGGAAAUCCCUGGAAUAUGCAUGGCCUAAUGAGGAUACUCGGCAGCUUUUCCCCGCUUAUAAAAGUGAAGACAAUCUUCCACUUGGCCUCGAGGUCGCGGGUGACAAAUUGUUCAUCACAGUACCGAGAUGGCGAUCCGGCGUUGCGGCCAGCCUUAAUUACAUCAAAUUGAACGACACGAGCGAAUCACCGGUACUGAACCCGUACCCGUCUUGGGAGGCUCAUCAGUACGGUGCGGCUGGAGUACCGGAAGUUGUAUCAACCUUCCGGAUACGGGCUGACCGCUGCGGUCGUCUCUGGGUCCUGGAUACUGGGCUUGCUGACAUUCUCGGUACUCCGGAACAACAGGCUCCACCAACUCUUGUCGUUUACGACCUGGCCAACGACCAGAUUCUCCGGAAAUUCGUUAUUCCAGAGAUGCAGAGAACGGGGGAUUCUCUGUUUGCAAAUAUCGCAGUCGAGGACGAAUCCUGUGAGGAUUCUUUCGGCUACCUUGCUGAUCUGGGGGGCCCUGGCCUCGUUGUUUAUUCCUGGCGUCGUAACGUUUCAUGGCUCGUCAAGCAUCACUUCUUUCACCCUGAUCCUAUGAGUGGCGAAUUCAACGUCUCUGGUGUAUCCUUCCAAUGGAAAGAUGGUCUCUUUGGUCUCUCGUUGGCUCCUGCAGCUGACGGUUACAGCACCCUGUACUUCCAUCCGCUAUGCAGCACCAUGGAAUUUUCUGUCAACACAAGGCUACUCCGAGACCCUGAACGAGCGAUGAUGCCAAACAGCUUCCACGAAUUCAAGGUACUCGGGAGCAGAGGACCAAACGGCCAGAGUAGCGUCAGUUUUCUGGAUCCAACAACUGGAAUCCUCUUCUACGCUUUGACCAAUUUGAACGCCAUCGCCUGCUGGAGAUCCGGUGGGAAAUAUAACAUCCUUGAACAGGGCCGCGUUUAUAUGGACAACGUCACUAUGGUCUUCCCUAACGAUCUCAAAGUUGAUCGUCAGGGCAACAUUUGGGUUCUCUCGGAUCGGCUUCCGACCUUCAUGUACGGUCAGCUUGACCCCAACGACUACAAUUUCCGGAUCCUGACCGGUUCCGUGCGGGAAGCUGUGGCGGGCACCGUUUGCUCCAUGCCCCCUAUGACAUCGACUUCACGAUCCCCGUCGAUUUCGUCAACGACGCCUAAAGUUGGCGUUCGAGUUGCGGGACCAUUAGGCACAGGCAGCGGUCAGUCGACAAACGUAUCGUCGACUUUGGUCCUCCUACUGGCGCUCGCUUUCUUUGCCAAAAAUAGUUGUUAGAUGCAUGUGUGUAUGAUGGGAGGCUCGUAACCGCUCUUGGCUAGAUCGUUUUUACGCGCAUAUUUUUAUACGUGGCGUUCGUGAGCACUCAUAUAUUAUUCAUUUCUCAGGACUUUUCUAAUUCUCUGUGCAACGUUAUUCAC